AAACCCCUCCCCGCUGCCUCCUGAUUGGUCGAGCCUCAGAGGACGUCACCUCCCUGACCCCGCCCCCCUGGGGGUGUCCCAGGUAUAAGAUGCUCCAGGUCAACAGCUGAGAGGACAGAACAGGACUCUACAUUCCCCCGAAAACUCUCCAACCUGCUCCCGAGUUCCUCCUCUUCCUCCUCUUCCUCCCUCUUCUUCUUCCCUGUAAAAACUUGUGUGUCUCACUGGAUUUUAGUUUCUUCUUCUUCUGUGGUGUUUAUUUGGGACUGAAGCAUGGAGCUGUCGGAUAUCUCUUUCCCGAUUCCCGCCGCGGAUGAUUUCUAUGACGACCCCUGCUUCAACACCAGCGACAUGCACUUCUUCGAGGACCUGGACCCGCGGCUGGUCCAUGUGGGUCUCCUGAAGCCGGACGACUCCUCCUCUUCGGUGUCACCCUCCCCUUCCUCCUCCUCCUCCUCCUCCUCGCCCUCAUCCCUGCUGCACCUCCAUCACCACCACGCCGAGGCGGAGGACGACGAGCACGUCCGCGCCCCCAGCGGGCACCACCAGGCGGGCCGCUGCCUGCUGUGGGCCUGCAAGGCCUGCAAGAGGAAGACCACCAACGCGGACCGGAGGAAGGCGGCCACCCUACGGGAGCGCAGGAGGCUCAGUAAGGUCAACGACGCCUUCGAGACCCUGAAGCGGUGCACGUCGGCCAACCCGAACCAGAGGUUGCCCAAAGUGGAGAUCCUGCGCAACGCCAUCAGCUACAUCGAGUCCCUGCAGGCGCUGCUGCGCGGCGGGCAGGACGACGGCUUCUACCCGGUGCUGGAGCACUACAGCGGGGACUCCGACGCCUCCAGCCCCCGCUCCAACUGCUCAGACGGGAUGGACUUUAACGGACCGACCUGUCAGUCCAACCGGAGAGGAAGUUACGACAGCAGCUCUUAUUUCUCCGAGACUCCAAAAGGCGGUCUGAAGAGCGACCGGAGCUCGUUGGUCUCCAGUCUCGAUUGUCUCUCCAGCAUCGUGGAGCGAAUCUCCACCGACAACAGCAGCCUGCUGCCGGCUGCCGACGGCUCCCCGCCGACGGACCCGGCGGGCGAGGCGGUGGCGGCAGCGGCGGCCCCGGGUCCCGUCCAGAUCCCCUCCUCGACCACCAGCCAGGACCCAAACCUGAUCUACCAAGUCCUAUAGACCCCCCCCUCACUCACAACCUGGGACUUACCAUCCUGUCACACAACAGAUCCACAAGAGCUGGAAAUGUACGGAAGCUCGUUCAUGCCACAAAAACAUCUCCACAAACUUACUUACUGGCUUUUUACUGAGCUUUCAGCCACUUUACACGUGGUCUUCAUCACCGGGUGGAGUUUAAUGUUUUAUAUCAAAUUUUAUAGAUUUUAUAGUUUCUAAAUGGAAACUCCACGUGUUGAUGAAGACCGUCAGAUACAGUCGAAAGCUCUGGAAACGAGCUACAAUGUGGGCCUCGAGAUUUUAUUUUUUAACAAGAAUUUUAAUUCAGUCUUAAUUUAAAAGCUGUAAAAUAAGGAAUGUAAAUAAUAAUUGUUUAAUAAAUUACACGACACUAAUUUCUUAAAAUAACAUUUUUUCAUGUUACAGAAAAAUGUAUUAAAGACGGAAAAAAAUAGCAAAUUAAAGUCCUAAUUUUGGUCUUUUUAAUUAAUUAAAAUUAGAUUUUAUCAUUCCAACAUUUACACACAUUUAAUUUACUUUCCUGGCAUGAACAACCUUCCGUAUUUGACCCCCAGAUUCCCUUUUUGUUGCUGUUAAAAAAAAAGUUAAUAUUAGAUGUAGAUAAAAAAAAAAACACUUGAAUGCUGGGAAAUGUAGUUUUUUUCUUUUUGCAACAUUUUUAAAAACAGGUUUACUGACAAAUAGAGUUCAGUUCUUGCUGUAUUUUUUUUUAUUUUAAGUUAUGAAAGAAAUAUUUUAAGGCUCAGCUGAGUCGUUCAGAUGGAUUUUUCUUCCUCUCGGUUUCUAUUUGAUGAAGGACGGAGGCCAAAAUAUACCAAAAAAAAAACAAA